AUGAUGCGAGAAUAUUCAGUACCACGUGCAUAUGUCAUAUUAUUAGAACACCGCAGUAAGUUUCGACGCAUAAAAUACGGUAUCUAUUUUUCCCUAUUUUCAUAUUCGAACACUAUUCGCAACGAUGAGACUUUUUUUUUACGUCAAAGUCCAACGCGGCUGUCCACAGGCACAAUUUGCCAAGGAGGGGCGACGCCGGCAUCUGCCUGUUACCCUCAGACAUUUUUAUUAGCAUGGCUUAUGUUAUAGCUCUGGCACCCUCAACAAUAUUUGGCGGUCCGGAAUCCGUCAAUUAUCGAAUUUUCGUUGCGUCAUCUGUUCGUGUCGGCGCGGCUACAUUACAAAAGGGACGGUCACCAACCGAGAUUUUGCACAACGUCUUUACAAUGGAAGACCUUCCAUUAGAGGCGCCACCGUGUCCAUCCAUCUCUGAUUAUAUACGGUCGUACGAGCGGUCGGGGACCACCAGAGUGGACUCGUCCUUCGGCCGAAAAACCGGACGAUAA